GAGAGACUGGGCGUUGACUGGAUUACAGAUAUGAGUGGAUUCACACUGGCAGCAGAUCUUUAGAGUAACUGCACUUUGUUCUACACCCGCCACCACUGGAGCCUGUAAUUCUGGCCGACCCUGUUUAUAGGCACCGUCUCUCCGUGUCUUACCUGCCCGGAGGACAACGUCCAAACAUCCUCACCUUGAAAGAGUAGCGAGGAAUGUUCCAUAGCGCAGGACGCUCAGGUACCUUUCAACACGGACACGGUGGAAUCAAUCAACUCGGAGGCAUGUUUGUGAAUGGGAGACCGCUUCCCGAUGUGGUGAGGCAGAGGAUCGUCGACCUUGCACACCAAGGGGUGCGGCCUUGUGACAUCUCGCGCCAGCUCAGGGUCAGUCACGGGUGUGUCAGCAAAAUCCUUGGCAGGUACUAUGAAACGGGCAGCAUCAUGCCAGGAGUCAUCGGGGGCUCAAAGCCAAAGGUUGCCACGCCAACAGUGGUGGAGAAGAUAGCUGAGUACAAACGGCAGAACCCGACAAUGUUUGCGUGGGAGAUCCGAGACAGGCUGCUGGCAGAGGGAGUGUGUAAUAAUGAUACCGUGCCCAGCGUCAGCUCCAUAAACAGAAUUAUAAGAACCAAAGUUCAGCAGCCAUUUCAUCUACCUCUUGAAGACCAUUCUGGGACGAGACUGAGUCCAGGCCACACUUUGGUGCCCAACUCGACGGUGACACCUCCAGAGUCUCCGCCACCCAGCGACUCCCUGGGCUCAUCGUACUCUAUCAAUGGUCUCCUUGGGAUCGUACAGUCCAGUAACGAAACCAAAAGGAAACUUGCAGAAAGUGAGGAUGAUAUUUGUGUGAUCAGCACUGACUCCCAGAGAGGUAGUGGAGGUCCUCGGAAGCAACUCCGUACUGAAGCGUUUGCCCAGCAGCUCGAAGCCCUGGACUGUGCCUUUGAACGGCAACAUUAUGCAGACGUCUUUGCAACUGGCAGCCACAACAAGGGAGAGCAGGCUCCCCUGUAUCCACUUUCAUCUUUAAACAAUGGAAUGGAUGAAAGAAAACCAAGUUUGCCUUCUUCUGUCACUCCACUCGGCAGGAAUAUAUCUGGGUCGCAUGGAUACUCAGUGGUGACAGGGCGUGAAAUGAUGGGCUCAACACUGCCAGGAUAUCCCCCUCACAUUCCUGCAAACAGUCAAGCCAGUUACACAUCAUCUGCCAUUGCUGGGAUGGUGACCGGAAAUGAAUAUUCAGGAGGCCCUUACACUCACUCCCACUACACAUCCUAUAACGAUGCCUGGCGUUUUACCAACUCUGGAUUAAUAAGCUCCCCUUAUUAUUAUAGUUCCACGCCAAGGACCAGCACACCGCCCACUGCUGCCACUGCCUAUGACCACCUCUAGUUCCCACAGCAACCAGGGAACUGUGCCGAGACAAGCCCUGGGGAAUCAUGUGCUCUCAGUCUAAUUGAUUUCAACACAAAGCAAUGUGGAAAACUCUAUUUAUGAAUGAAAUUGGAAAGAUGGGCAAUAAUUUCACCACCGGAUGUUUUCAUAGCAUGCCACACAUGAACCGCAGUGAAUCGCAUUCCUACUCUGGAUUUGCAGAGAAUUCACAAGAACUGAAAGCCAUAACCAAUGGCUAGAUAGAAAUUGCUUUUGAACAGUAAGGAAAGCAAAUGCACUAUUAGUAUUGUAAAUUAUACAUGGAUUUUUGCAAAAUACACUCAAUAUGGGCCACAGACAUUGUGUAUACAAGGCUCUAAUAGGCUCAUUAUGUGACUUUAAUUGUGAGUUGGGGAAUGCAUUGGAGAUCUUUGCCCAGUUACACAAGGACUACAUUUAACAGAGUGUUACAACGGACGGCUCCUGCAGACAAGAAAGAGAACUUCUGGAAAUGACACAAAGCUUUACAAAAUGAACGGCUGGCAAUUUUCAUUGCAGACUGAGCAAGAGAUCUAUUGUACCAGAAUGUUAAGCUGAAGCAUUAUUACUAACCCCACCACUCAGCACAAGACCAUGAUAAGGAAACAGAGACUUCGACCAAUCAAAUGUUUCUUUCUCAAAAAUUCUUUACCGAGUUGAGGCAUAUUCUCAGCAUUUCUAACAUUGUUUAAGACUUUACAACAAAAAAUAUGAAAUGUUUAGAGGCACUGGUAGCAACAAAGAGAAUUUGUUUUAAAAUUUCACCGUGAAGAUUCAGCUUGUGUUUGAACCACUCAUUCUGCUUGCAUUUGACCUUUCAAAAAUCACCAAAAUAACAGGAUGGACAAAAUAAAAAUCAAUAAAUGCAUUAAGAUUAGUUUACCUUUGUAUACCAUGUUCAAGAUAAAUCUAUUCAAUUUUAUGAUGUUGAAAUUGCGUGAUUCUUAGCUUAUGUAGCCCACAUUUCUCACCUGUCAGAAUUACGUUUGUUAUGAAGGAUAUUGAUUUUAGACAGGUGAGGAAGUGACCAAUACAUAACUCAACUCCCACAGACAGACAGAUGGGUCUUGAAGGAUCUAGAACAACCCAUGUCCAAUUCCAGUUUUACAUCCCAUUCACUUUGGAAGGACCUGCCCCAGAUGCACAGGCCUGGGCUUUUUCAUUUGCUAUGUAUGUAUGUAAACUAUGAAACUAUCAAAAGAAAAAUAUUUUAAUUCAGUGUAGCGUGAUUUCAAAUCUAGGAAAUAAAAUGUGCUGACUGUA